AGACAGUGCUGGCCCAAACAGACGAGCACAGACUGCUUGUCCAAAGUCCAGAGCCAUGUUGGAAGAGGAGGCCUCGCCGGAGAUGCAAAAGAAAGCACAGGAAGCUCAAUUAUUAGCCAAAGACCUCGUAAUUUUUGCAUGCCGCCCAGGUUAUUUGUGACUUAAGGAGUUUGCAAAGGCUCACUGUGAGGCCUACCAGGACGUGCUGGAGCAGGUGAUGCAGAAGGUCUCUCGGGUUCUCAACGAGCGUGUAGCUCAAGAUGAAGCGGACGCGCCUGCACUUGGCCGAAUCAUGACCGAGCCUGUCUACAACCCUGAUGAUGAGGACUUGCCGCUGCGGCCCACAGACAAUAUCCUCCUCCGUCGUGAUUCCAGGUGCAUCAUCAUGGAUGCCUUCGAGCUUGGUCGGGAGUUCCCUGAGGUGGAAAUCGAUCCGCGGCUCGUCUUCGACAACCCCACCAUCGAAUCCCUGAGUCAAGCCAUCGUUGAUCUUCCCAAGACCCAACGCACCAAGAGCGUGGAGAGCGCUAGUACUGCACAGCCAGGUGUGACCUUGACUUCGGUGGCUUUCACUCAGAUCACUGGGACGGGUGAGAUGGCCCCUUGCAGCUACAGACCCCGGGGUGGAGAGGCCUCCCGGUAUUAUCGCAGCACUGAUGGGAUGGAGAGUAUCCUCCUCCCUGCUAGCAUGGCGCGGAUUGGAGAUGAUACCAACUGCCCGACAGCGCGGGAGAACGAAGGACCCUCUCAUGUCGUGGAACUCAGUAGUUUCUUGAUGGAUAUCGAGCCUGUAAGUUUGGGCGCCUACGCGCGGUUCCUGAAUUUGACACAGCCAAGUCAAGAUGAGCUCUUUGACUUCUGCCUUUUACCUGCUGAAGAUGCAAGAUGUUGCCAUAUACCACUGACGUUGGGCGAGGAGGGGUGGCAGGUGAAACCCGGCGUGCCACCUAACUGGCCAAUGAUUCUGGUGUCCUGGUAUGGCGCCAAUGCAUACGCUCUCUGGGCCCAUGGAGAAGACUGGCGCAGCUACAAGACCGCCAGCAAGAGCUUCCUCCCGACAGAGGCUCAGUGGGAGUAUGCUGCGCGGGGCCCUGAGACCAUGCAGUUCCCUUGGGGAAAUGAUGAUGCCACGCCUGAUUUGCUCAAUGUCUGCUGGGACGCUAGCACGUAUGAUAGCAAGGGCAACGUCACGGCUCAUGUGGCAACUCCAUUGGAAGAGCUUCCUUUGGUGGGCGUCAAUGUCUUGAUGGGGGUCUCCCCCUUUGGUCUUCGAGGGAUGGCGGGCAAUGUGUGGCAGUGGUGCCGCGACACCUACCACACAAACUUCUACAUGUGCACAGAGGGCCACGAGAAAGUGCAAAGGCACUGGAAAAGGCACUGGAAAGGCCAGUGACAAAGAUGCCUGGAAUGCGGAGGAAGAAGAAGGUGCCCUGAAGAGCGAGCGUGGAGGUAGCUGGGUUGGCCCAGCCUCGUUGGCACGCAGCAGCUACCGUCGUGGGCGGCACCCCUGCGCCAAGGGCCGUUGCUUGGGCUUCCGGUGUUGUGCACCGGGCCACUUCGUGGACGUGCUGUGAGCUGCGGGGCCCGCAGCUCGUGCCCCGGUGAUUAAUCUCGGUGGUAUUGGGCUGAAGGAGUGCCAGGUGCCAACUGAGGUCAGGCGGCCACAUUUCGGCACAUAGCGCCGUGUGCGAAGGAUCAAACAACCUUUGGACUCUGGACCUUCAACCACUUUGAAAGGUUGAGUGAUAGUCAGAUGGUCCGAUUUUGGAUGCCAGCAGGGUCUUGCACAGUUCAUGGGUUGAAAGAUUCUAUUCUUGAUGAAGAGGGGUUCAACAAAGCCAUGGAUGUUCAUUCAGAGUAAGGGUUCACACGCAGUCGAUGGCGCUGGAAUCUUCCCAUCAUUUCACUCGUGACGAGUUCCAGACGCAUGCUGGCACCUCAACAAGGAUUGAGUGGUUUUGCGCCAGCCGUUCCAGAUUGCAAUUCAGAAAUGACGUUUUCUGAAAGAGGAUGUGC